UUCAUCUGCGGGGAGAGAAGGCACUCUUCAGACUGGAGGAAGGAAGGUUUGGUGGAAACUUAAAGGACAUGCGGCGUCUUUUUCAAACUUUUCUACAAACCAGACUUUCUCCGAGCUGAAGGAGGAGGAGGAGGAGUGUGAGGAAUGAACUGAAGAAGAAGAGGAGGAGAGGAGAGGAGGGGGCAGAAGAGCCGUUCACUCCCAUUGAUCCUUUUAUCGAGGUAUUGAUUCAGGCCUGGCUUUGAAAUAACAGCAGAGAGCUCCUGCUGUAAGGAUGCAGGUUGCUCCUGCUGCUGCAGCUGUGGCUCUGGCUGUGCUGAGUGUUUUCCUCAGCCUGGACUGCCUGUCAGCACAUCGCCCCCAGCACAACCAGGUACAGCAGCAGACUGACAAGACAGCGCAGAAGAAGAGAAACCAGCCGCACAUCAUAUUCAUCCUCACCGACGAUCAGGGUUUCAAUGAUGUCGGUUACCACAAUCCGACCAUCAAGACCCCCACUCUGGACAAACUGGCAGCAGAAGGCGUGAAGUUGGAAAACUACUACGUUCAGCCAAUCUGCACGCCAUCGCGCAGCCAGCUCAUCACCGGCAGAUAUCAGAUCCAUACAGGAUUACAGCACUCCAUUAUCAGACCCAGACAGCCGAGCUGUUUGCCUUUGCACAUGGACACUCUGCCCGAGAGGCUCCGCGAGGCCGGCUAUGCCACACACUUGGUUGGCAAGUGGCACCUGGGUUUCUACAGGAAAGCAUGUCUGCCCACCAGAAAAGGUUUUGACAGUUUCUUUGGUUCUUUAACUGGAAGUGUGGAUUACUACAGUUAUGGGUCGUGCGACGGCAAGGACUUGUGUGGCUACGAUCUCCAUGACGAUGAGGGCGUAGCGUGGGGCCAGGAAGGGAAAUACUCCACCACGCUCUUCACACAGCGAGCUCGCAAGAUCCUCGAGAGCCACGACCCUGCAGAGAGGCCCCUCUUCCUGCUGAUCUCCUUCCAGGCAGUCCACACUCCUCUAAACCCCCCCGAGUCCUACAUCUACCCCUUCCGGGACAUGGCAAAUGUCGCCAGGAGAAACUUUGCCGCCAUGGUUUCCACGGUGGACGAAGCGGUCCGAAACGUGACCUACGCCCUCAGAAAGUACGGAUACUACCGAAACAGCGUAAUCAUCUACUCUACCGACAACGGUGCUCAGCCGUUCACGGGCGGGAGCAACUGGCCGCUACGAGGCCGUAAGGGUACAUACUGGGAGGGUGGAGUCCGUGGUGUGGCGUUCGUACACAGCCCUCUGCUCAGACGCAGGAGACGAGUCUCAAAAGCUCUCCUGCACAUCACCGACUGGUUCCCCACACUGGUGGGCCUGGCUGGAGGAAACAUCAGUCGGAGCCAGGGCCUGGAUGGUUUCGAUGUUUGGCCUGCCAUCAGUGAGGGGAGGGAGUCACCCCGUAAGGAGAUCCUCCACAACAUUGACCCUCUGCACAAACCUCCAAUUAAAAUGAUGCACACGGAUAUGGAAUCCCUGCUGAAAACAUCAAAAGGGAAAGCACUAAAGAAGUUAAAGAAGAAGAAGGUUUUGAAAAAAUCACCAAAACAAAAGUUCAAAUUAAAGCCCACCAAGAAAACUCGAGCAUUUUCCCAUCAUGCCACUAAACCUAAAUCUAAGCCCCUCUUCAAGAAGAAGCUUAAGCCUCGUCUAAAAUCAAAGCCCGCACCUAAAGCUAAGAAGACCAAAGCCGACACUUGGCACCGACCUCUGUCCAAUCACAGACAGCAUCUGAAGAGCCGCUCCAGUGAUACUCCGUCAGGGUCUGGAAUAUCCCGUCCUAAGGCUCAGCCUCAGAUCCAAACUCGUUUGAAGACAAAAUUUAGGAGGACCACGUCCCAGAAUCAGUACUUGCUGCAGUCGAGUCGGCUAAAAUCCAAGACACUCAAACUACAUUUAAAGCCAAAGUCCAAGCGGAUGUUAUUCCCAUACCAGAACAAAUCCCAGCCUGGAAUACCACUGACUAAAUCCAAUCCAACCCCUCAGUUCAGGCUUGAGUCACUGCAGUCAGUGUGGGACACUUCAGUUCAGGCAGCCAUCAGAGUUGGAGACUGGAAGCUGCUGACAGGAGAUCCAGGCCACGGGGACUGGGUCCCCCCACAGAUGCUUCCCACCCCUCUGCCCGGUCGCUGGUGGAACCUUGAGCGCUCGACACUUGACCAGAAAUCCCCUGCCCACAAAAGCAUCUGGCUGUUCAACAUCACAGGCGACCCGUAUGAGCGGCACGACCUGGCAGAGCAGAGGCCAGAUGUAGUCCAACAGCUGCUGGCCCGACUCGCCUACUACAACCAAACAGCCGUACCGGUUUACUUUCCACCCGAUGACCCCCGAGCCAACCCGAGCCAGCACAGGGGAGCGUGGGUACCGUGGGUGGAGGAGGAGGAGGAUGAGGAGGGGAAAUAUCAGGGGGUGUACAAGAAAAGUAACAACAAGAGGAAGAAGAACAAGUGCAUGCUGUGCAAUCUGCAGUUGUUCUUUCUGAAGAUGAACGAGGGGACGACGUCCAGUCGCAUCUGAGGUGUGAGCUCAGCCAGGGGAACAUUUUCAGCCAUGAAAUUAACAUCAAAGACUUCAAAAUUUUUAAACUGUCGUUUCUUAUUUUUAAGUUGUUGCAACUUUAGAUUCUUUAAGCGCAGUUACAGUGAACAUUUCUGUCUAACUUUCAGAGAUAUGUGACUUUCAUUUGGUCGUACAUGCAGCUUAUUUACUGUCAAUGAUGUGAUCUGAGGUGAUACGGUCCAGCUGGACCAUCCAGACGCCAUACAUAACGCACUUUUUACUGAGAUUUAAAGGGUCAGUCCACUCAAAUCACAAAAACAUGUUGCUCAUGUUGUCAAAAAUUAUACCACUAGGUUUAUGAAAGGAAAUCUUUGUUGUGACUUGAGUGAACUGACCGUUUAUCAUUGGCAUGCUGCCUAAAGGUGGUUUUAACCCCCUGAUCGCUGAGUCAGUGAAUGCUGCUUUGUUGUCUGUUUUAUGUUUUUAAGUUUUGUCACCUGAAAACUGACAGAGGUCCUGAUACAAGGGCCAACACUGUGUGGCAGUAAGAUGUGUUUUGACACUGUAAAUGUAGCAGUUCAGUCAAGCCAAGAAUCUCAGAGCAAAUAUAUGUAGACAGGUUUCAGUUUAUGUUUACACCCUUAAUUCAUUCAGCCAAAUCAGGGGUUUUAAAGGGACAGUUCACCCCAAAGUCAAAUUUAUACAUUUGAUGGGUGAAAUUUUUUUAUAACUCACCCAUCUGGAUUUUUGCUAAGGCUUUAAGUUGGCGUGCCUGUUUUGAAUGACAGGUGUGCCAACACAGGCAGCUGUCACGGCCCCAUCGCGGCUAAUUAGUCACUGAACUGAACCUCUUGACUGUAUUUGUGCUGUUAGAGCUUUUUAUACAUGAAUUAUCUAACAAAUAAUGUACUGCGUGUUUUAGGCCGUCCAAAAAAAGUUGGUGUUUCAGUUUUUGUUUGUAAAAUUUGUAUUUUAUUUGUAUGUUAAUCAUGUUUGCUUACUAGUGUUAGCUAAUAACUUCACACUCCGCAGUCUCAUCCAUAUGUCCAUGUCUGACUCCAAAAAGCCAACAUGGUGGCAGCCUUCAGGCUUCAGAAUGACCGAUGGGUAAAAUCCAAGCAGCUGUGUCCAUCUUUUUAUACAGUUUGUGCUCUAUCAUGGUUCCCGGAGUCGAUCGUGCCCACUCAAGAUAAUGCACACACAGAGCACACACACCAAAACCAUUUACCGGUAGAUGGAUAAAUGGCACGUAAGGUGGCAGGAAGAAAAGCGUGUUUGAUUUUGGGUGACCUGUCCCUUUAAACAAAUGUUUACUUAUUAAAGUGGAAGUGGGUAUAUAUAUAUAUAUACACACACACACACACACACACUUUGCACCAGACUGCCAUGUAAAAUACAAUGUUACAAAAAAAGUUGUAUAAUUUUAACACACUUUCACAUUUUUUGUGACACAUUCUGGUGAUUUUGAUGGUUGUUUUCUCUUGUCAGUCUUCUGUGCAUAUUGCUGUGGCUGAAACAGGCCUCUGGGUACUGUGGUCGUUUUCAGCGUGCUGCCAAUGGCAAACACAUUUUGACUAUGAAUUUCACAGUAUCUUUAAUUUACUACUGUGAACAUCAGAAGCCUGUUAUUUCGCAGCAUUAUAUAGAACCAACACAAUAUCUGUUGUCAAGCCGUUCAGUGACAAAUGCAGCUCCAGUGUAAACUGAAGUGGCUGAGUUUAAUCUGCUAUAAGAAAGAACAAAUUAAUUUGCAGGUUAAUAAUGUAGCUUUGGUCCCCCUGACACUGAGCUAAGGAUCGCUCCAGUCCAGUCAUAGCGUGCACUGUUUGAGCGUACAGCAGCUCCCACCUGCCUAUGGAGCUACGUUUCUUUCACUAAUGUAAAAUUUCAGAUUUUCUUUUCUGUCAGUAAAAGCGCAAAUGCUCAGAAAACACAGCAGAGGAAGUAAAAGGUGUUACAGCAGCCUGUUUGAAGUCAGAUGCUGGUUACUUGAGAGCGAGAGAGAGAGAGACACCUAACCUCGAAAUAUUUCCGUGUAUUUGCUCAAAAAAUGAACAAAUCACGACUGUGGCUGAUCUGCAACAGUGCGCAGCAGUGUAAGCGAGGAGCAGAGCGUUCCCGAGAAACAUUUUAAAUGGACCAUUGAUUUCUCCACCCUGGGUAAAUAAAGGUGAAGUCAAAUGAA